AUGAAAGCUCGCUAUUUUAGUAGCUUCUGUCUACUAUUUGCAUUGGUGCUAUGUAAAGAUUAUCCUCAUUUAAACGUACCUCAAGUCCUCUUGCCCUAUACACCCAGUGGAAGUAGCUCGGCUUCAUUUGUUAUUCAAGGAUUGCAAAAUGGCUGCUACUUUUGGACUUCUUCCAAUCCGGAGGUCAUACCGGUAAUGCCGAUCUUUUCUGGUCCAUCAUCGCAAGCUCGUGGCUGCUCCAACAGUGCCAUAGUCACUACAACUUCAGUUGGACCAACCCGUCAAUCAGCUUUAAUACUUGCUGAAGAUAUCUCGGGUGAAAUUUUGCAAUCGAAUGUCGCCGUCGAUAAAAUUGUACGUAUCGAAAUUAUGUCUACAUCUCGCUUGUUGCUGUUAGGUCAAGCACCAGCUAUUUACUACGUCAAGGCGUAUGACAAAAUAGGCAAUGUAUUCUCAAAUGUGAGCGGUUUCGCUGUUGAUUGGUUUCUAUCAAAUGCCCCUAAUAGUAAUAUCGAUGCCAAUAAUGUGCUUAGGAUUAUGCCGGGACGUGAACAAGCUCGAAAUUGUGAUUGCAACGGAGUUUGCACCCAAAUCUCUCCAAAUACAGUUGCCAAUAGUGUUUUGGCCGAAGGAAUUAAUACCGGCUCGGCGAUGCUUUGUGCCAGAUUGGCGGACCUGACGUUCAAGAAUAUCCUUCCCAGUAGAUUAAGGAUACAGGUGAUAGAUAAUGUCAUGCUGGUUCCAUCAGAUGAUAUUUACAUUUUGGUAGGGGCACGGGUUCGCUUUCAAGUUUUCAGGCUAAUUCAAGAGCAGCAACGUGAGGUAAAAUUUCCAUCUGAACUGUAUGCCUUCGAUGUGAGUAACAAAUCUAUAAUUGACAUGAAAGAGAUUGAGUCAGUGAUUACGGCCAAAAAUAUCGGCGAUAGUGUUGUUUCCCUCGUCGACAAAAAUAUUCAACAAAGUCAAAUUGACUACCGGCCAAAUUGUGAAGUGCAUGUCGUAGAACCGGCAUAUCUAGGCUUUACAGUCUUACCUGAUAGAGUAUGGGUUCUCGAAAGUGGCAGACAGUACACCGUUAUCAUUGACUUAUACGAUCGAGAUUCAAAUAGAAUACAGAUAUCGGAGGGUACCGUUAUAAAGUCUGCAUUUCCAAAGGACUACUUUUUAGUGCAUUAUUCUACUUCAAAUGGGUCUUAUCAUCAAAUACAAGCUAUCAAAGCUGGAAAUGUUACCAUUACUGCUAGCUUAUCACAAAUUUGGCUAGCAGCAGACAAGAAACACUUGAAUCUCAAGCAGGCAGUCAUUGGUGACCAAGAUGUAAACAUAUUCAAACCGAUUUCUUUACAACCUCCGAUUCUGGUAUUUCCAUGGACUACAGUUGGCCAACUAGAUUGUAGCUAUAAAUUGAGAAUUAACGGUGGUAGCGGAUCUUAUUAUUGGUCUACAUCACAAGCUAACGUGGCAACUGUCAAUACUAAGGGCCUUGUAAAAGCCCGAAAUUUUGGUCAAACUACUAUUAAAGCUAUCGAUAUUAGAAAUUCCAAUCAUUUCAGUACUGCUGAAGUGUAUGUAUCUUAUCCUUACGGAAUGAAAUUUGUGUCACCGCCUGUGGAAACUGCAGCAGGGGAAUCUUUAACUUUAGAUUUAAGAAUGUGGACAACGGUAGACGAUGGUCGAACUUUGAACUUUUUAUUGUGUGAUAACUUUCCAAUCGACAUUAUGUCAUCCGAUUUAAACAUUUUCACCGUUGAUGAGACUCGCAAACCUGGUAACUUUAACGAUAGUUGUUUGGCGAUCGUUAUCCACUGUAUCAAUCCAGGGUCCGCUAGGCUACACGCAUCCUAUACCGAUGCAGGAUCAGUUAGUCUGACCGCUGAAGAGAUAGUAACUUGUUUUGACCCUCUUCAGGUUGUUGAUCCUUCGGGUAUUGCUAUUGUAUCACUGUACUCUUCUGUUACGAUAACUUCGAUUGGAGGUCCCAAGCCAAGAUCAUUCGACAGAAGUUCGUAUUUCGAAUCCGUAAUCCCUGCCGAACCUGAUCAAGUAUCUUUAGAAUUAUUAUCCCCCAGCGAUAUGCCCACACGACUAUCUCUAGCUACAGACAAUAUCCAUGUUCAUCGCGUUACUUGUACACAGUUAGGGGAACAAAUUCUUACUAUUUCUGUUGGUAACAGGAAGUCUCUUGGAUUUCCUUUUUCUGUCAGUAGUUCCGUAACCUUUAGAUUCAUGUGUACUAUACCAGAUGCGCUUAAAAUGGAACCGGUACUCACACUUUUACCAGAUUUUGAUGUUAUUCCUUGCUAUCAAUGGCUAGAAGAGAAAGUCCUAAAACAUCCAGUUCGAAAUGAUCAAUCAUUUCCUAUUCGUCUAUCUAUGAUUGAUGCAAAUGGACGCUAUUUCAAUAACUUUUCAUCUAUACAAUUAACGUGGCAUUCUAAAAAUCAAGAGCUAGCAAGUAUGGCAGAUGUAUCAGAUUACGAGUGGAUUAAUAAUCAUACAUCAGAAUUGAGGUUAGUACGUACAGCUGCAACUGAAGGUUCUGUCAUCAUUCAGAGCUCGAUUAAUGGAUAUAAAGUCAACAUACAACCUAAACAAAAAUCAUUGCCGCCAUUAAGUGUGUCGCUGAUUUUGCAAUUAAUUUCUCCUCCACGUAUAUCACCUGCUGCGUUGAAUAUUUUUAAUCACCAUAAUAUUACAGAACAACUUUCUAUUAUUCAUGGAUCUGGUCACUUUCGAAUUGAAGGAAGCCACGCGAAUAUUAACGUAACUCGAAUAUCAUCUUCUAAACUGAGAAUUAUUCCUCUCCGCGAGGGUACCACAUCUUUAUUUGUAAGAGAUUUGUGCCUCGACACAGAUACUACUCCUGCGAAGGCUACGAUGAGAGUAUUAAGGCUUUCGAGUAUAGAAGUUCAUGUGAUAGAUCUCAUUGAGAUGGGAAGUGAAACCACUGCAUAUGCUAAAUUGAUUGACAGUUCUGGCUUUCCAUUGCCUUCUCGCUAUCUAAAUUUAGUUAAAUUGUCAGCUCGUAGUUCUUCGAAAAAUUUGGAGAUCACGCUUGUAGAAGUUACAAAGUCAGACUCUGGUGAUACUGCAGUUUAUAAACUUCGAGGAUUAUCUGUAGGCUACGCAACUGUAGUUUGGUCAGGAGAAUCUAGCGCUAUAGGACCUCCUUUAAGCGUUUCUCGAGAAAUUUAUGUUUUCCCGCCGAUGUCUGUCUUCCCAACUAGCUUAGUUCUUGUCCCAUCGGCAGAAAUUCAGAUAAGUUGUUAUGGUGGACCACCAACACAGGCUCAAGUUUUGUUUCAUUCAUUAACUAAUGACAUCGCUGUAGUAGAUAGUAAAGGCCUCGUACAAGCGAAAAAUAUUGGCAGAACUUUGAUUGAGGUUGUAAUGCAGGCCGUCGAUGCCUCAACUGGAAAAGUUAGAACCUACUCUAAGACCUCAGUGCCUGUUACCGUCACUAGAUUGACGGGUGUUAAGAUCUUUGCGUCAACAAAUCGUUUAGUAACGGGAUCUACGAUGUCAGUUUACGCAGUUGGAUUAACCGAUGAAACUCCGAUUAGCUUCGGAAGCGCAAUGCCACGAAUUAAAUUUAAUUGGAUAUCGUCCAACGAUGAAGUCAUUACAAUAUCAUCUAUUUAUUCUAAUAGUGGAAUUAACUACGAAGACGAAAGCGAUUUUGCGGUUCGUGUAACAAGUAAAAGUGCUGGAGAAUCCCAUGUUACGCUGACGGUAGAUCAAACAGAAACUAGUAUCAGUAGAUACUUUGAAAUUGGAGCAGUCUUAUCUGCUGAGCAAAAGUUUGAGGUUUCCAAAGCUCUACAAGUAAUUUAUCCAGUAUCAUGUCAAUUGAGAUUACCGUAUCGUUCGGAAACUCAACUAAAAACAAAUUUGGAUGGACUUGCUAAAUUAACGUUCAGUAUUAGCGGUAAAACAUCGGUUGCAACAAUUGAUGACCAGAGACGUAUAACUACUGGUAGUGAUGCUGGUAGAGUCACAAUUUUUGCAUCAUCUGUGGAUAAAUUGGGUUUGAAUCAGACUGUUGCAAUAAAUUUGGAGGUAAAACCAGUUGUAGCGAUAUCCAUUGAAAGUUUAUCUACUUUAAGAGUUACGACUACGAACCAAACGCACAAAUUUCCUAUUGGUGCAACCAUCAAGUUCAGAGUUAAUUUAUUAGAUAGUUCAGGACAACGUCUAGACGAUGUUGCCUAUAAAUUAGAAUAUCAAUUAAAUCGUUUUGAUAUUGUCCAUAUAUCGCGAGAAACUAACAGUAACGUUUAUACCAUUAAAACGAUUAGCCCUGGUCAGGUUAUUUGGCAUGUAUGGGAUCAAUCAUCAACGUCUAUCAGUGAUCAUAUUCGAAUCACUGUUGACCAUGCGGUUGUACCUCGAUCACUGUCAAUAUUAUCUGGCUUUUCCACAUAUAUUAAAACUGCUUUAACGAAACAUCCUACUGGGGUUUGGUCCUCCGAUGAAAGCAAUAUUGUAGAAGUUGAUAGUAAUAGCGGUAUCAUAACAGCUCUGAAAGCUGGCUCAGCAGUUAUUUAUUACAAUGUGAAAGGAUUACUAUCCCUAAGUUGUGAUGUCGUUGUGAAUCGUAUUGCUAAAGUUUCUUUGCAUAGCGGUUCUCAGAAAUUUGUCACAAACGUCUAUGAUGGCAUGCAAUUUACAAAACAACCCGUUCAUUAUGUUUCUAAAGUGACGUUUGCCUCAUCUGGUAAUGAACUCAACGCAUUUUCAGGCCAUCUUGUAGAAUCCAGGGCCUCAAAGUUGUUCAGUUGUAACUUACGUUUAAAGGAUGGUUACCGAGACUUUGACGCUGAUGAUAUCUUCGACGUAGAAUCGAUUGUCAAUACAUCACGAAGUUUAACAUAUUGUCAGAUUAAUCCUCGUCGAACAGAUCGUUCUCUAGCGUCUUCAGUCAGUACAAUCGACAAUGUAAUCUUAGAAUUGACAGCCUCUACUACAAAUUUGGAUCGCAACCCAACAAUAGAAUCAGAAGUGGAAACAGUUCGUUUCAUACCUGCCUUUGUUAUCAGCAAAUUAAGCAUUAUUUUAACAGAUAGCCAUAAAUCUGAUAGUCUUACGGUAUUUGGUAUACCUCUUCAACUGAAGAAUUUAGAGUUUACUGCGGAUCCGUUUUUAUCUGUUCGAGGGACGGCUUCAAGUGAAAAUGAAUGUAUAUACGAAAUAUCAUUGCUUAAGAAUAUUGAUACUUCUGUGGAUAAUCAAAUGCAGAUCACAGUAUCUGUCGUUUAUAAGUCACCUGAGAAGGCCUUGGUAUCGUCGCCGAUGAAAUUGGAUGAAAGCGCUUGUAGUGAAUUUUGUCGUAAACAAAGUAUGGUCCAAGAAAGUUUAAAAGCUGACAAAUAUCUUUGGUAUACAGAUACAUUACUUAUUUGGACUCGACCGUUCUAUUCUUUACUCAGCCUAUGGACCUUUAUACUGGCGCUAGUCGUUGUAUUUUAUAUUAUGUGUAUCGGAUGGUCUAAUAGGCGUUAUCAAUCAUCUGUGUCUCGUUUAAAUCCAAGAAUGGACAGUAGCAAUUCUCCACAAUCUCUUCAUCACAGCGGAAUUGCAUCUCCCUUUAGAUAUACAGUUGGCGGUAGCUCACCUAGACUGAGAUACGUUGCUAAUUCACCUAAUGAAUAA